UAUUUCAAGGACAAUAUUGGUGAAGGUAAACAUGCAUUGCAACAAAUGUGAGCAAGAUCUGAAGAAGAAGUUAAUAAAGAGAAAAGGUAUUCACAAUGUUAAAACUGACAUGAAAGCACAAACUCUGACAGUGGAAGGAACAAUCGAGCCGGAAAAAUUAGUAUCGUAUUUACGAAAAAAGGUGCACAAACAUGCAGAAAUUGUGCCCCCAAAACCAGAGAAAAAGGAAGAAACAAAAGAGAAGGAGAAGGGUGCCUCAAAACCAGAAGAGAAAAAGGAAGAAACAAAAGAGAAGGAGAAGGGUGCCUCAAAACCAGCAGAGAAAAAGGAAGAAACAAAAGAGGAGAAGGGCGCCUCAAAACCAGCAGAGAAACAGGAGGAAAAGAAAGAGAAAGAGAAAGAGAAAGAGAAAGAGAAAGACAGUGGUGAGAAAUCUUCUGAGCCAAUCACCAGGGUCGUAGAAGCUAAGGGAGAUAUGAAGGUGGUGGAGGUUAAACCAAAAGAGAGCAACGCUCCAUAUUUCAUUCACUAUGUCUAUGCUCCACAAACGUUUAGUGAUGAAAAUCCAAAUGCUUGUUAUAUAAUGUAAAUAGGUGAGGGGUAGAAUAUAUAUAUGCACUUUGGAUUUAUUUGGAACUGCGUUUUUAUGUAUAUAGUAGUAUGGUUGAAUUCAAGAAACAGAAGUGUAC